AUGGGGUCGAGACUCAACGGAGAAGAGCAUGCGGAAAGCACGGCGGAGGGGAGGCACCUGAGGCAGGAAACUGAUUCUAGCUCGCGACAAGCUUGCAGUCCUUGUUCUGUCCUUUCUGUUGAGAAUGCCGAGCGAGUCGAGGUCGGUGGAUCCAAAGAACUCCCUCCUCGGAGUCAGUGUGCAUGUGGAGAGAAGGCAGCGAAUCCUGUCAGACUCGAGUGUACAGACACAUCAGAGAACGCCUGCGCCGCUCGCGGCCCCGACACGCGAGGUGUACGUACACCGGAGAAAGAGGCAUCGGCCGCUGACACCGAUCUUGCCCGACAGACGCAGGUGCCUUUGCUUUCUGAAAUGCGAAGCGCGUCAGCAGAGACCCAAGCAGACGAGAGAACGACGCGUUCGCUGCUCAACGCGACAGAGCCAGAGAGACUCCCGAGCGUCUUCAAGUGUCUGUGGCCGAGGAAACAGAGUGAAGAAGAGAGAGGAGAAGAGAGAGAAGAGAGAGGUGAAGAGCGAGGAGAAGAGCGAGGAGAAGAGAGAGGAGAAGAGCGAGGAGAAGAGAGAGGAGAAGAGCGAGGAGAAGAGAGAGGAGGCCGGAACUCGGUCUCUUGGCAUUGCCCUCUUUGCCCUCGAUCAAACAUUUGCUUGCUUCUCUUCUUCACUGCGUUUAGCACGCUGUUCUUUUCCAUGGCGCAAGGUCCCAUCUUUGACGCGUACCUAUUCGUCCUCGGAAAUGGAUCGAACCUCUGGGUCGGCGAGGCCGCGAGCAUCUCGGGGCUGACGAGUCUGCUCGUGGCGGUGCCUGUCGGAGUGGCGGUCGACCGCUUCGACCGAAGCUGCAUGUGCAAGCUCGCGGCUCUCGUGACGCUCGUCUCUUCUCUCGUCACCAGUGUGGGGUGCACGAUGGACAACGUUCCAGUGCUUCUCUUCUCUCUCGUCCUCUGGGGGGGCACUUGGGAACUCGCCAGCAGCGCGAGCUUUGCGAUCUUCACUGACUCCAUCACGCCUGCCGAGCGACCCUACUGGUUCACAAUCAAAGGUGUGGCGAGCACCUUGGCGAGUGCCGUGGGUCCGCUUUUGAUGGCGCUGUACUUUCUGGUCGAAGGCGACGAGUGGCGCCUUCCCAUUCUCCACACAGCCAUCGUCGUGGGGACGCUGCUCUGUGGACCGAGCUCCGGCCUUGUGCUCUCGCUAGUACGGAACCCAGAAGACGAACAGGCCGCCCUCGCCGCCUCGCGCUCUCCGUCGGCCUCCGUCGGCCGCGGCGCGCUAGAAGGAGAGAGAGGAAGGAGUGCAGACGGCGACAAGCGCAUAGAAUGUCCGCGCAGCAAACCGCAACGACGGCGGCGAAGCAGGGAGAGACGAGGGGAGAGAGAACUCGAGACAGAACCGGGGAGAAGGCUGGGGAGUGGAGCCGCAACGACGCAGCGGCGACGCCGAAGGUCUGCAGUAGAGUCACACGAAGGAAACGCUGCAGAUCUCCGGGAGACGAGAAAGAGAUCUUGUGAACAGAAGCAGCAAGCAUCCGUCCAGACAAGUCGAUUCUCUCUCGGCAAGAUACACCCGCUUUCAGGACCCUCUGUUGUUCGCCAUACUCGUAAAGGGCAGACAGACGACGAAACAGAAGGUCUGCUUGUCUCUUCUUCUUCUCAGUCUCCAUCAUCUUCAUCUGGUUUCCUCCGUUCGUCUUUCUCCAGCCUUCGACGAGGCGUCUCAGACUGUGCGAGAGCGAAGGGAGAGGAAACAGUCCUCCAUGCACAGGAAGGAGAAGAGCCGCUGAUGCGGAGACUGGCGGCAAAUGGCGAUGCCGAUUCUUGCUACGCAGCUUCACCUGACUUCUGUCUCCGCUGUCAGCUUCCUCUCCACCCUUUUUUUCCUUCAGACGAUACCUCGAUCGUCAGCGCUUGGCGCUCGGGGCGAGGAAACUCCUUCACAGGAUCUCUGUGCGACGCUGCAGUGUCUCAGUGCAGCACUCAGGCGCCGCCGCCGUCGCGCUCUUCCACUCCAACCUCCGACGCAUGGGGACACUGUGCUGUGGGUCUGUGCGAGAGCGGAGAGAAGCCGCCCCGUUUGCCAGAGGCGUCUCUCUCCUGCGUUGGUCCAAGGGAGUCGCUGCGGCCGCGCUGCGGCGCAGUGUGUUCCGCCGGCGCAUCGGCCGCAGAAAGGUUCGUUUCGUUCUCGCCAUCGCGCGCGGCGCUGCUCUGCACCUGCGGCAACGCGAGAGAAGAGAGAGAGCAAGCAGACUCGCCUGCCCACGGGGGCGCGCCUCUCGGAGACAGUCGCGGAGGUACUCCUCCUGUCGAAACGCUAGCCUUCGUCUCUCUCAACGCUGUCCUCCCCGAACGCAAACGGAAGCCACACAGAGACGCAGACACCCUUGCUCGGCGUCUCACAGAAACUGGAGAAGCAGGAGACGAAAGCCAAGAGGCAAGAGACGAAAAACAAGAGGCAGGAGAAGAUAUCGAAGAGGCAGGAGAAAAAGGAGGACAAGAAGCAGAUGAAGAGCUCUGGCAGCAGCAGUUGACGCGUGGACAGAGAAUGAUUCCGCUUCUCGUCGCGGCAUCCGACACAGUUCGAGCGAUUGGUGCAGGGAUGACAGUUGCCUUUUUCCCUCUGUUCUUCAAGGAAGUCUAUCACUUCGAGCCCCUCGACCUCUGCUUCUUGUCGACGACGUACGCGGUGGCGAUCGGCCUCUUCAUGCUGUUGGGGGAGCGUCUCGCCAAGAGCGUCGGUCGGGCGUCGGCUGCGGUGCUCUUCUGCCUCGGCGGCCUCUGCAUGCUCUUCUGCAUGUGCAUCGUACAACGGCUUGCCGUGAUGGUGCUUUGCUUUCUGCUUCGGGGCGCCUUCCAAAACGCCGUCAGUCCUCUUACGCGUUCCAUCAUCAUGGACUUCACACAGAAAGCAAAUCGAGGAAAGUGGAACGCAGUCGAAUCGUUCAGUUCGACCCUCUGGUCAGGCAGCGCUCUCCUCGGAGGCUUUCUUGCGAACAAAGACUACCGAUUCGCUUUCUUCGUCACUGCCAUUCUCUACUCGGUUUCUCUGACCAUCUUCCUACCUCUCCUGGUUCUCCUCCCUCCCGCUGAAGAGCUCCUUCGGAACUCUCAGAACACACAGCAGUCUGUCUAUUCCUCUUCUCCUUCCUCCUCUUCUUCCUCCUCCUCUUCUUCCUCCUCUUCUUCUUCUUCGUCCUCUUCUUCUUCCUCUUCUUCUUCGUCCUCUUCUUCUUCCUCUUCGUCUUCUCUGCGUCUCAGGGAGGAAAGUAAGGAGGUAGUUGUCUGGGUCGGCGCCGUGUCUAGCGAGCACAGUGGCUCCUGUCUUUCGGACUCGAGUUCGAGGGAUGCCGGUGCGGCCGCCAGCGAGACUGGUGCAGAAGACAGAUCCCUUGCUGCGCCGCUCUUAGGCGAAGAUGUGGAUCCCUCAUAAAUCCAGGAGAAUCUUCUCGAGCUCUUUGUCCGCUCUGUCGGAGAGGUGCCUGCAGUGUGCUCAAGGUAAAGCCGAGCAAGUGGACUAGCGAGGAUAGGAAAAAGGAGGUUUUCUCUUGCACCCGCUUCGAUUUGUCGCAUGUGCAGCCAGGGCCAUGUUGCAGGCGCAGGUCUUUUUAGGAUAGGCUUGCUUUUUCAGGCUCCACUGUCUUCUGUGGCUCUUUUGAAACAUCUCAGAUGUCUGUGCGCGUUUUCCUGAUUCGUUUCCUCAUCCUGGCCUCGCCGCAGACACUUGCUGAACUGAUUUGUCCUGCAUGGAAAUCUAGAAAG